GAUUGCAGUGUGUGGUGAAGCUCCUGAUGGUGGCAGCAGCUUCAGUGACGCAGCGUCUGCGUGCUCCACCCAACGGCCAGAGCUUCGCGAGCGCCGCGCGAGUCAUGGCGUCAAAGAGGAUCUCCUGAAGAACAAACUCCGCGCAAACUCUCGCCGAAACCGCGUAACAAGCCUCCGACGACCGUCCGGAUCUCACACAAAACACUAGAAGUCCGCCUGACGAAGGAAUGAAUCAUGGUUACCGUGUGUCGACUUUGAAGCUAGCAGAGCGCAGCUAGCUCAAGAGUUUGGCGUCGCGACGAGUUUCGCGAACAGUGUGAACCGAGUGUAAAUAGAGUAAUAUAUGUAAUUUAACACACAGUAGUGUGAGGAAAGGAACUCUUUAAGGGUCUCUCCGAGAGUUUGUUCGUGGUGUAGUGUGUGUGUGGACGGUUGAAGAUGGCUCAGUCGCCGGUAUCUGUUCAAGUUCCUGGAAUGCAGAACAGCCGAACAGACCCUGAGGAGCUGUUCACCAAACUGGAGCGGAUCGGGAAGGGCUCGUUCGGUGAGGUGUUCAAAGGCAUCGACCGCCGCACGCAGAACGUAGUGGCCAUCAAGACCAUCGAUCUCGAAGAGGCAGAAGAUGAGAUCGAAGACAUCCAGCAGGAGAUCACUGUACUCAGCCAGUGUGACAGUCCUCAUGUCACCAAAUACUACGGCUCUUACCUAAAGGGUAGUAAACUAUGGAUCAUAAUGGAAUAUCUGGGAGGAGGUUCGGCUCUGGAUCUGCUGAGAGCCGGACCCUUUGACGAAUGCCAGAUAGCCACCAUGCUGAAGGAGAUUUUGAAAGGUUUGGACUACCUGCACUGUGAGAAGAAAAUCCACAGGGACAUAAAAGCUGCCAACGUGUUGUUGUCUGAGUCUGGAGAGGUGAAGCUGGCAGACUUCGGUGUGGCGGGACAGCUGACAGACACGCAGAUCAAGAGAGAGACGUUUGUAGGGACACCCUUCUGGAUGGCUCCCGAGGUCAUCCAGCAGUCUGCCUACGACUCGAAGGCUGAUAUUUGGUCUCUUGGGAUCACUGCCAUUGAGCUGGCCAAAGGUGAGCCCCCGAACUCAGACAUGCACCCCAUGAGAGUGCUCUUCCACAUCCCCAAGAACACACCGCCCACCCUCAACGGAGACUUCUCCAAGAAUUUCAGAGAGUUUGUGGACUCCUGUCUCAACAAAGACCCUACAUUUAGGCCAACAGCUAAGGAACUCCUGAAGCACAAAUUCAUCUUGAAACAUGCCAAGAAGACGUCCUACCUCUCCGAGCUCAUUGACCGGCUGAAGCGCUGGAAAGCCGAGGGUCACAGCGAUGGAGAAUCGAGUUCUGACUCUGACUCGGAGCCCAGCAGCAAGGACAGCGACUCGUCUCCUGAGUGGUCCUUCACCACCGUCCGGAAGAAGAAGAAGCCGGAGAAGACGCAGCCCAAUGGACUGGACGGAGAACUGCAGAAGAAGUCGAGCAGUUUAACCACCGUCAUGGCUCCUGUUUUCUCAGAGCUGAAAUCCCAGCACAGUGACGAUGACACGACGAGAGUCCUGGAGCAGCUGGAGAAGAGCCUGCAUGUGGCUGAAGACAUCUGUCCCGGAGUCACAGACCGGAUGAUCAGCCACAUCCUGGAGAGGGUGCAGAGGUUCUCUAUGAGUUAGUGCUGCAUUGAGAAACACCCUCCUUCUGCUGUCAGCCCUGAUGACUGCACCUUAACACACUCACACGUGUACAGAGACGAGAGGAACGCGGGGUCGCACACACACUAUCUUAUCAUAACCAAAAGGAAUUCUUCUUCUUUUUUUUUUUUUGUCCCAAAGAAUGGAUAUAUAUAGUGUGUGUUCAACUGUAUUUAUACAAUUUUGCCACAUGCUUUUCUAUUAGUCUUCUGCUGGUGCCCAAGGAUGUGUUACACUGUUAUUUUAUUCCACAUUUUACUUUAAAAGACACACAAAAAAAUUGUUACCGGUCGAGUAGAUCUGCUCUACAGCGCAUUAGGUUUGCAUAUAUUUAUGUAUUUGAUGUCCCAAUCCAUUACUUUAUUUUAAACUAUGAUCAAUAAUAUACACGUUUGGUAGAUUAACAGUUUCUUUUUCUUCGUCUUGGUUUGGGAUUUCUUAGUUUCUCUCGACACACUGUUAACUGUAGCAUUGCAGAACUGCUGUAUGGGAUCACAUGCAUAUCAUAUCGGUCAAAAUGAAUAGAAAUACCUCAUUCAAGCAAUCAGAAAAAGAAAGACGGCUCCUUGUUAAUGAAGAUCGAUCAAAUUGAAACUGCUAGGAAAACCAGAGGAAUUUUGCUGUGCAAAAGCUACCUCCGCUUCGGGCCCGUUACAAUAGGGAAUUUCACUUUUAUUCUUUUCACUUUUUUUUUUUUUUUUUUUUUAAUUUGCAAAAUAAUUUGUUUUAAAUUCAUAGACCUUUUAGUACGCAGGACUGUAGCGAAAUAUUUAGUUUCUCAGUAACACCCUCUUUUUUUUUAUAGUGUCUUGUUUUUUUUUUUAGCUAUUUUUUUAAUACAAGGGUAGAAUUAUACUGUAUUUUUGAAGGAAAUAUGCACUUGUUUUGUGUUUUAAUAAACACUUACUUUGAGUAGAUCUAAAGGCAGCCUCCUUCUGUAAGUGAUGGGGGAAUUUCUACACAAACUGAUGCAUUUAAGCUACCCGAAAAGACAGUCCAUGAUAGGCAGCAGUAUAGAAAUUCAAUCUCAAUGCAAAUUUCUUUCAUGCAAGGGAUUUAUUUUAUUUUUCCCGAGCUUGUAAAGAAACUCGAGGGUGCCAUUGCUGGUGUGGAGCUCAUAUUUGCUCCUGUUGGCUCGGAGAGACUGUGCCAACGUUGCAUCCCAUUGUGCCUAAAUCUCACUUUUUUAUGUAUAUGAUGUUAUUGUCUUCUCAAACAGCUUUAAAACGAAAUUUCACACACGUUGCCAGACUGCUGGAAGAUUUUAGAGCAAUAAAGGCGUUUAGUGGAUUUGUAUAUUUCUUUAUAGAAAUUUAGAUGCAGAAGCUGUAGGUUUUGUACAUUUCUUCACCAGAGCUUUUGUAAAUUUAAGACGCCAGACAGAAAUCUUUCUAGGUUGUAUCAUAUAGAUGCUGUUCUCUUCGUUUUUGGACUUUAACUGUUACAGAUAAGUUUUUGUUUGGUGUGGCAAAUAAAAUUUAAAUUAUGAUA